AUGGCUUUCUGGCGUGGUGGUUCUCUGUUUUCAGCUGCAACGUCUUCGACAACUCCAUCUAGUAAUACUGUCGGUCAAGAAACGGUUGAACGUUUAUGCGAUCGUCUACAAUUAGCUACACGCAUCGAAGAUCGACGUGAUGCUGUACGUGCACUCAAAGCACUUUCAAAAAAAUGUAAACUUGAAGUCGGUACUCAAAGUAUGACUUUAUUAGCAAAUAUUUUACAAGGUGAUCGAACUGAUUUGGAUCUAAUUCAAUUAGCACUUGAAACAUUAGCUAAUGUAGUGACUUAUGAAGUUGGCAAUGAAGAAGAACAAGCAAAUUUACCACAAGAUAUUACUGUUCAAUUUACAGAAUUAUAUGCUAAAAAUAAAGAAUAUGUUCAUGCAGCUCUUGAACUUAUAGAAGAAAUUGAUUUUAAUGUACGACGUGCUGCUAUUCGAUUUCUUACUGCACUCUUAACAAAUUGUUCUAAAGUAUUACAAGAAAUUAUUCUAGAAAGUGGACCUAUGGGUGUAUCAAAAUUAGUCGAUCUAUUACAAGAUGAACGUGAAGUUAUUCGGAAUGAUGCACUUCUUCUAUUACAAAUAUUAACUCAAUCUAAUGCUAAUAUACAAAAGAUAGUUGCAUUUGAAAAUGGUUUCGAACGUUUAUUUGAAAUACUUGUUAGUGAAGGUGGAAGUGACGGAGUUGUUACUGUCGAAGAUUGUUUAUCUGUUUUAUUAAAUUUAUUAAAAAACAAUCCAUCAAAUCAGAGUUAUUUUCGUGAAGGUUCAUAUAUUCGACGUUUAGUUGAUUUUUUUGAACUUAGUUCAAUUGGUGAAAAACGUUGGUCUGCACAAAAAGUAACAAAUGUUCAUCUCUUAUUACAAGUUAUUCGAAUACUUGUUUCACCAACAAAUUCUAAUCAAAAUAUCGUCGCAUGUCAACGUACAGUUAGUCAAUGUGGUUUAUUACAUCGUUUAUGUGUUAUGUUGACACUUACAACAAUUCCUGCUGAUGUUUUAGCUGAAACGAUUAAUACAAUUGGCGAUGUUGUUCGUGGUCAUACAGAAAAUCAACAAUUUCUCGGUUCUGUGAUGAAUACAACUGGUGAAGUUCAACAACCUGUAUUAUUUAAUCUUUUAUAUACAAUGGUUGCUGGUGAAAAACAAUCAUUUCCACUUCGAAUAUCAAUUCUCUAUUGUCUUCAAUGUUAUUUAUAUAAAAAUGACAUUGGAAAAUCUCUCAUUGUACAAACACUUUUACCUCAAACUGAAAAUGCUGCUAAUCAAUAUACAUUAGGUCAUUUAUUAAUCAUUGGUUAUUUAAGUAAAGAUAUUAUUGCAUCAUGGUGUUCAGGUAUCGCUCUUGCGCAUUUAAUUGCUGAUAGUCAACAGUAUAAAGAAGCCAUACUCAAAGUCGUAUUAGCAGUUGAUCAAGCACAAACAGGAGCGAAAACAUUAAUGGAAAUCUCAACAGAUUUAUUACAAAAUUCUUCAUCUUCAUUUCAUACUCGUAUUGCUGUACUAAUUUUUCUAUGUACAUGGUUAGCAAAUUGUUCAUCAGCUGUACAAACAUUUCUUUCAAUUCAAAAUAGUAUUUCAUACCUUAUCUCACAAAUAUGUGCUCAAUCAAUUGCUGAUGAUAAAGAAAUUCUUAUACAAUCUUUAUGUUCAUUUGCACUAGGUUUAUGUUUAGUUUUUAAUAAUAAUCAAAUACCAUCAUAUUCAACUGAAUCUCUUGAACGAAUAAUAAAUAAACGUAUUGGUAUUGAUUUAUUUCAAGAAAAACUUGAAAUAUUAUCAAAAUCUGAAUAUUAUGCUAAAGCUUUACAAAAACCACAGCUGAAAUUAUCGAAAUCUAAUGAUAUGAUACUUGAUUAUGAAUUUGCUCGUUUAUAUAAAACUCUUGAAAGUUCAAUAGCACGUAUGUUAAUAAGAAAUAAUAUAAAUCCAACAGAAAAAUCUUUAAUUGAUCCAAUGUCAACAAAUCUCUAUGAACAACAAACAUCAACAAUGAUGACACAUUAUAAUGAUUUAAUUCGACAACAAGAUCAACAAUUAAAUACAUAUAAACAUCAAGAAAAACAAUUUAAUCAUGAAUUAGAUACAUAUAAAAUGAAAGUUAUGGAUUUAGAACAAAAAUUACAAGAAAUAAGAGAUCAAUAUGCUUUAUUAAGAAUAUCAUCGAAACAAGGACCAGAUGCUCAUAAUGAAUUAAGAGCGAUAUGUGAACAACAAAGAGUUGAAUUAGAAUAUUUAAGAAAUGUUAUGACUCAACAACAAUAUUCGACUAUGACACAACCUGUUGAAAAUGGAGUUGAACAAUUAAAUUUAAAUAAUCAUGAAAAUCAUAAUAUUCACAACGAUGGGCGCAUUCAAGUAGGUGAACGAGCAGCAUUAACUGCUCGUAUUACUGAAUUACAAGAAAAGAUCAAUACAUUUGACGAAAAAUAUGCAGCACAAAAUGAUGAAAUAGCUCGACUUCAAUUAGAAAAUGGUGUCUUACAAGAAAAAAUUACUAAUGAAAAACGAAAAGUAUCCAUUCUUGAGAACCUCGAAAGUCAAAUGCAAGGAUCACUUGAUGAGAAAACUCGUUUAGAUAAUGAAUAUCAGAAAUUAAACAAUAUUUAUCAACAAACUUUAACCGAACAAAAUGAUUUACUUGUACUUUGUUCAACUUAUGAAGAUCAAUUAACAACAUGUAGAAAUAUCAUUCAAUCAACAGGAUUACCGGUACCAAAUUUCUUACUGGAACUUGAUAAUAAUGAAUGA